AUCUCGACGGACUGUACCGCGCGGCGGCAGUUGUAUUGACCGCGGGCCCGCGUGUCCCUCCCGCUGGGUGCCCCUCCGUCCCGCUGGACGGCGCGGAAGCGGUGAGCCGCGCGUCUCACAAGGCGGCGAGGAGGAAGAGGACGACCCGGCGCGGCGAGCGUCCCCGGGUGAGACAGGCAGGACCGACGGCGGGCCCCGAGGAUCGGCGCGGGCUCGGCUCUCCGGCGACGCUCUUGGGCGAUGACGAGUUUGAGUUAACCCCGCGUGAAUCGGAUCCUCCCAGGAUGCCCGCGCGCGGCCGCGGGACCGAGUUUUGAGAGGGAGAGAGAGAAAGAUUCGAAGACGACGAUCGGUGGUCGUCUCUCGUCACGUGAUUCGCGUUGUUUCGCGUACGUCACGCGUUCGCGUGCGAUUUAAAUCCCCGGCUCGGCACGUCGCGUCGCGUCUCGCCCCGAGGACGAGGCAGCAGGAUGGGCAAGACGAGAGGCGUCCACGAGACGACUCCCGAAUUGAGGAAUCGGAUGGUGGGGAUGUUCGAGGCAGGCCUGGGCCUGCGGGAGAUCGCCGCCGCGGUCACCUGCUCGCAACGCACGGUGAAGAGGUGGCUGAACAGAUUCGAGAAGGAGGGCACGGUGGAGACGCGGGAGCGCUGCGGACGCAAGAGAGCCACCACCAGCGAGCAAGACGAGGCGAUCGUACGUCUGGCCACGCAGACGCCCAUUACGGCGGCGAAGGCGGUGCUUCCCGCGCUAGGUCUCACCUGCUCCGUCGACACCGUGAGAGAGAGGCUGCACAAGGCUGGGAUUCACAACUGGAGCCCGUCGCGCAAAUACAUGCAGAGGAUUCCGCUGGGCGAUGCGGACGGUGCGGCGAUUCAGCAGGCGGUAUGGCGGCCGACCGGCACCCAGUUGGGCAAGAAGAAAAUUCCCAGGGACUCGGGCAGACCCGAGAAAGCUGGUGUCGCGGUUAAAAAGAAGAACCCUUCGAAAAAGGUCAGGUCUCGAGAGACAUACCCGGACGAUGGCGCACCGCUGGAAGCGCAGAGUCUGAAGCAGAAUCAGAGCUCCGAGCAGCAGCAGCAGCAACAACAACAGCAACAAGAAUUUGUGUUUUCUCAGCAAAAUCUUCCUCCACUGCCUUCCGCGCCUCAAGUCACCGAGAUGCAGCCUUCCACGCAAUCUGUAUCCACGAGUCAGACGGAGUUCGGUAACGCGUUGAGCCUGGUGCAGCAGCCGCAGCCCAUCUAUCAACAUCCGGGAUUGACCAUGGUACAAACUUGGCCGUUAGAUCUAGUGCAAGGCAGUCACCAUUAUCCACAGGGACAACCAAAUCCCAUACCUCACGAGCAUCCUCCGUCGCAGACGCAACUGCAGGAGCUGCACACGCAGCAGGAACAGCAGCAUCACGCGCAACAGCAGCACGUGCAGGUGCAUGUGCAGGCGCGAUUGCAGGAGCAGUCGCAUCAGCAGCAGAACACUCAGUCUCACCAUCACAAUCUCGAUCAGCAGCGACUGUCGGUGGAGCAUCAGAUUCAGCAGCAACAUCAGCGCCUGCAGUCUGGCAUACCUAGUCCCGAGCAGGCGAGCGUGAACGUAGGAUCGGAUAGCUCGAACACUUGUAGCUCUAACGAGAAUAGCCAGUCGUCUUGCGAGCCGCAACGACACAAGGAAUCGUCGCGGAAAGGCGGCGAGCGGUCGGGACGGCAGAAGAAAAAGAAGAAGGGCGGCAAGGCGAAGGGAACGUUGGAGACUAGCGUGGAGAUCAGAAAUCGCAUGAUUGGAAUGUCCGAGGCCGGACUGUCCACUCUGUCCAUCGCGCUGGCGAUCGAUAGAUCGGAACGUACUGUUAAAAGAUGGUUAGAACGUUGGCAUAAGGAAGGCAAUGUGCAAACGAAGGAACGAAAAGGUCGACGUCGAAUCACAACCAAGGAGCAGGACGAGGCCAUCGUCGCGAUGGCUACUCAGCACCCUCUCACCGCCGCUAAAUUUGUAGCACCUGCGCUAGGUCUUAAGUGCAGUGUGGAUACAAUUAGAGAGAGGCUUCACAAGGCUGGGAUACACAGCUGGAAGUUGGGCAAAAAGCAAGGCGAGGGCAACGCGGUGCACACAGUCCACCUGUGGCAGCCGAGCGGCAAUCGCCCCAACAAACCGAAAAUACCGGUCGAGAAGAAAAAGAAAAGUGGCGAUAAGAAACGUCAUCAUGUGACGAACAGCGGUCAAAAACGCGUCGCGCGGAAAAAGAAGAGCAGCGAACCGCCACCACCGAAAACGACUCCACCUCCGGCGAGCAUAAUACCGGAACAGCCCGCAAUAUCGUUUCAUAAUCCCGAGAGUAUGGCGAGUUACGUUCCAGGUCCUAAUAUGAUGCAACCGGUGCAUAAUAUCGCCGCGCCGCCUCCCGCACUGCCGCAACCACCUCCGCCACCACCGGCGCCGCAACCGAUGCCGCCGAUGGGCCCGUUAAUGCAGCAGAGACCGGACUGCAGAUUGGCACCGAUAGUUCCGCCCGUGUCGGGCCCGAGCAAUCCCGGCAUCGCCUAUGCGUCGUGCAUGGUCACCGGCAGUAAUCACGGGAGUCACAUGGAUCAAACGGACCCUCUAUACGAGCCGUACAUUUGGACUUUUUAAAUAAAAUCGGUACAAUUUGAACCGCACAUGUAGCGUUGAAAAUAGAAAAGUUCAAUUAUGUUUGAACUCCGCCGUUUGUUAAAGCUCCGCAAAAUUAGGUCUGAAUGGAAAGAACUCUACAAAUUGCAAAAUCUCUCGAUGAUGCAGAGAUUCCGUUAAUCGAUACGAUUAGGUAUUCUAACAUUGCGACUCUUGUGUACGAUUUUACUUAUCAUACGUUGCAAUAUUAGAACAUACGUCUGCAUAUGUGCGUGCAUGUGUAAGAAGAGAACUCGGUGAUUUUAUUGUUAAAUAUCUAUAUAUAAGAAAAAGUUAUUAAUUUGAUUAUUAUUAACUUUAAUGAGAGACUUUUACGGUACACAUACAGCGUUUAGACCAAUUUAAAUCAACAUGAAGACUAUAGUAUGUAAAUAGAAUCAUGUAGAGUAGCACAAAGAUGUACGUCACGUUUAUUUUGCUAUGUCUUGUCUCUUUAAAUAGCGUGCAGUCGUAUUAGGAAUCAUUGUAUAUUAAAAACUGACUUUUAUACAAUACGAUCAAACUUCAUUGAAUUAAGGUUUUAGCAUUUAUGUUGUAAAUAUUUUUAACAGCUAAAAGAAAACGAGAUCCGACUAUCAAGUGAAUUUUAGUGAAAGACACAAUAUCUGCCGAUUCGGCAUAUAAACUACUUAUUAUAGUAGCUACGUAGCAUAGAAAAUCCAUCAAGUUUCUUAACGAAUCCAGUGAUAGAUCUAUUUUCGAUAUAUAACUCCUAUUCGGUCCUUUCUUUGUGAGAGUUUUAUAUAUAUACAUCCGUAGAUGAUUUUAGAUAGUGUACAUUCUAUAUAUUUAAUUAUAUAUGAAUCUGCUUUAAAACUACAGUACAAAUUGGCAUGUUCCAAUUAGAAAAGUAUGUAGCGAACCAAUUUCAAACGAGCUGCCAAAAUACAUUCGAUCUGUAAACUG